AUGAGGAUCUAUGUUCUAUUACAUCUGGGGCUAAUGGUGUCCAGGAUGGGAAUUGCGAUCAAAUCCAUGCUGAGUGGAAAGUAUCUCAAUCUGAGAAGCCUGAAGCUAGAGCCUGUUGACAAGAGGAGGAAAGAGGACUAUGUCUUCGAAUAUGAUUGGAACGAAGAUGCACCCUAUGGAUUCAGACUUCGCACUAGGGAAGGAUACCUAACUGUUGACAAAAGAUAUAGAAAGAUGAUGUUUGAUAGAAGACAUGGAUCCUCGUCUGGGUUUGAGUUCCAUUUUGUGACCCCGACGAGAUGCAAAAGUAUUAUAAUAGGACAUAGCAGCGGGCUGUGCAUGAUGGAUGCGGGAGAAGAGGUGAGGUUUACGGAAUGCAUGCCCUCUGGAAAGGAACUUCCAGAGUUUCGCUUUGAAAUUAAAGUCUUCAGGGACCGGUGUGGAUAUCUGGAAAAGAGCAAGAAGGCUAUACCCAAGGACAACGAUAGAAACAGCCAUCUCGAAAAUGGCGGCAAAGAAAAAGGUGAGGAAGGUACUGCAGAAAAGAAUCAAGACCAGGAGGGGAUAUCUUCCGAGACCACAGAUCACUCUGAGCCUGGAUGCCAUGCGAAUAUAGAGAAAGAGGAGGUAAAGGUGGAGGAGAAAAAGAAAGAGAAGAAGAAGAAGCAUCACAUAAAAGACUAUGACGAUGAGUCUCUCGAAGACAUCGUAAAAAAGGUAAGAUUCAAGAGGCCAAGAAUCAAAAAGAAGCUGAAACGCUUUGCUUCCUCAUUCAAGAGAAAGCUUGCAAAGAAAUUUCUGAAGGUCGAUAAAGUGAAGCGAGGUUCCGAAGACUCUUCUACAUAG